UAAUAAUAUCAGUAUAACUGAGACGUCUCGUCUGGAGGGGCAGACAACAAAAUACACUUGCAACAAAAAAUAAAUAAUACUACACACAAACAAUGAAGUUAAAUUACCUAGUGUGCGUGGGUAUCGGAUGCUUGAGCGUGAUGACAUUUAUGGUGCAUGCCUUGCCGGUUUCCUCCACUGAACUGGGCAAACAUCCUCGUGACGAGCCGCCAAAGAAGCAUAUGACUAUGACUGAAGGUAAAGAUCAGGAUGGGCAGAAUAUGCAAAUGGCGGCUGAUAGCUCUGUCCAGGGAAGACAGGAAAAGGAGCAGAACAUGCAAAUGGCGGCUGAUAGCUCUGGCUAUGGUAGACUGGAUAAGGAGCCGGAGAAAAUCAAACUUCGCAUGUUUCCCAAAAUCCUUGGCACUACUGCACCAACCCAAGUGGAAAAUACGUGGCCAAAACGCUCAGGGGUGCAUGCGCUGCGCACCAAGCAGGAGCUCAACUUCUGGGCCAAGGAUAAAACCACUAAAUCAGCUCCAAAAAGCAAAGAUGAUCAGUUGGUGGUAGGUCGAGCUGGUGAUGGUGCUGGAGACGGAGGAGGUAAGAAGACUCCUGCUCCUAAUGCUAGAGCAGGCACAGAGAUGACAGUAUCCGUGCCGCGUAUGGUGACUGAUCAUAUGGGUAAUUGGGUAUUCAAUCCCUGGGGCGUCACCUUUGGGAUAGUUUGGGAGGAUACUCGUUUUGCGUUCGAUGGUCAUCAUUGGUUGCCAUGGAUCAUGCUGGACUACGAAAUAGAAGGCAACUAUCGGCAGGACAAGCUUCAUGGAACUGUGUGCCAGGGCAAGUCGACCAUCUACAACUAUCCCAAAAUAUACAAUUGGUUUCCACGAUAUAUCGAUACGAGCAAGCGCAAUCACCGCAACGUCCUGUUGAAUCUGAGGAGGGAGAUAUACACGGAUGGCAGAUCGGAGUCUUGCCACAUUGCGGAAUUGGACGAUUGGUACGAUUACCAGCAUUGUGCCAUAUUGCGGAACAUGCGUAUGGAUUAUUUGGUACCCAAUUAUCCACUCCAUCGUUGGUAUAAUACCUGAUAGGGUGCAGUCCGUCUCUUUAUCCCUGAUGCCACUUGACAUUGAUAUUCCCACUGUAUUGCGUCUGAAAUAAAACCCCAAAAUAUUUGUUUUGUGUACAAUAUUGGA